GGCAGGAACGAUUGGGGAUGAUCAGCCAUGAUCACAUUGAAUGGCGGUGCUGGCUCGAAGGGCCAAAUGGCCUACUACUGCACCUAUUGUCUAUUGUCUAGGAGAAUGUUUUGUCAUAUCCAAAUGUAAAACCAAGGAUGUGAUGCUGCAGCUUUCUACAGUUCUGAUCAGACCACAUUUAGAAUAUUGUGGGCUGAUUUUGGUUUCAUGUCCGAGGAAGAAAAUGUUGGUGUUGGAGAGUGUCCAGAGAAGGUUUGCAAGAAUAAUCCCGGGGAUUGUUGUAUGAGGAGCAUUUGGUGGCUUUGGGUCUGGACUCGCUGGAGUUUAGAAGGAUGAGAAGGGAAUCUCAUUGAAACUUCCCAAAUAAUGAAAGCCCUAGAUAGAGGCAAUGUGGAGAGGAUGUUUCCAGUAGCGGCAGAGUUUAGAACCAGUGGGCACAGCCUCAGAUUAAAAGGAUGUACCUUAAGAAUGGAAAUGAGGAGGAAUUUAUUUGGCUAGGCAGGGGUGGUGGUGGAGGUAGACAUGAUAAUGGCAUUAAAGAGGCUUAUGGAUAUGUACAUGGAUAUGCAGGGAAUGGAAGGAUAUGGAUAUGAUCUGGCAAGCAGAGGAGAUUGGUUUAUGUUGGCAACAUGUUCAGGACAGCACAGACAUUGUGGGCCAGAGGGUCUGUUCCUGUGCCAGACCAUCUCUGACUGUUUAGGGAUUGGAUGGAAUCUCAGGGUGGGUGAGGAAGGAAUUGCGCUCUCUCUCUCUAUUAAUUAUGAUGGGGAGAUGGGAUAGUGAAGACCACGUCACCGUGCCAUGGGAACUCACGGAGAGAGAGCAAUGAACAAAGAAAAGUGGUGAUAGGGGAGAGGCUGGGGAAGAGGCGGGAGUCUCACUUGAUGCAGGAAUCUCAUCAAGCAAAGAUCUGCGUGUCUUAACUUAGUGCUGAUUAAAUAUUGAUGACAUUUGUGCAGUGAUAUCAGAAAUGGGAGAGACAGAUAAGCUUUCUGUACAUGUUCCAGGCAUCAGAUAUGUAACAGGAUACAUAUAGAGUUUAAAGAUAUAGCGUGGAAACAGGCCCUUCGGCCCAAAGUGUCCCUGCUGACCAUCGAUCACCUGUUCACACUUGUUCUGUGAGGAAUCAGGAGAGGUUUUAUGUUACAGAAACAGAAAAUAAGAAAGAGGUGGAAAAUGGAUGGACGGAUGUAACCAAAGAAGAUACAUCAGGUAUCCCGACAGGCCUCUGGAAGGGCACUUUGCAGACUAGAGAGAGAGAGAUGUUGGGAAUUCAUAAAAGAAACACAGUGAAGAAGGGUCACAUAAUCAGCAGUUGGUCAGUAUCAAUUUUGAGAAAGUAGUGUUGCCAACUCACCUCUGUCAGCCGAGCUUGGCCACAGAACAAGCAAGAUAAGGCUGUUUUGGGAACUGUUUUCCUUUAGUUUAGUUUUAGUUUAGCUUUUGUUUAAAGUUUUACUCUAUACUCUAAAGCUAUAGUUUCUUUAGUUUAGUAUUGGUUUAGUUUUAGUUGAGUGAUACAGAGUGGAAACAGGCCUUUCAGCCCAACAAAUCCGCUCUGACCAGUGAUCACCCGUCCAUUAGUUCUGUCCUACACAUGAGGGACAAUUUUCAGAAGCCAGUUAACCUACGAAUCUGCACAUCUUUGGAUUGUGGAAGCACCCAGAGAAAACCCACGCGGUCACAGGGAGAACGUACAAACUCUGUAAAGACAACACCCGAGGUCAGGAUUGAACUCGGGUCUUUAUUGCUGUGAGGCAGCAACUCUACUGCUGCGCCACUGUGCUGCCCGUGAGAAAGGGAUAGUCUGAUGAAUUGCUAAGCAUGCAGCGGCACCUGUACUAUUGUCCUCAUGAGGAAGGUGCAUCAGCUCCUCUUCUGUUGAACCUUGUCAAAGGCUUUUUGAAAGUCCAGAUACACCACAUCCACUGGCUCUCCCUUAUCCAUUCUACUUGUUACAUCCUCAAAAAAUCAGGCAGCAUCUCAGAGAUUCAGGUCAGGUAGGGACCCUUCUUCACUUUUCUAACUUUUCCUCUUUUAGGUUCUUUUAGAGACGCAACAUGGAAACAGGCUCUUCGGCUCACCGAGUCCACACUGACCAUUGAUCACCUGUUCACACUAGUUUUAUGUUUCCCCCACUUCCUCAUGCACUCCUUUCACAUUAUGCGCAAUUUAACAGAGGCCAAUAAACCUACAAACCCACGCGUCUUUGGGAUGCGGGAGGAAACUGCAGCACCCACAAGAAACAUUCACAGGGAGAAUAAGCACACUUAUACACAGCUGCAUGUGAGGUCAGGAUCAAGUUCAGGUCUCUGGCACUGGGAGGUAAUGUCUCUACCAGCUGUGUGACUGUGUCUUGGUGAAAUGACCUUGAACACUCCAAGAUAGUCACAAAAAGCUGGAGUAACUCAGUGGGUCAGACAGUAUCUCUGGAGAAAAGGAACAGGUGUGCAGGAAGGAAAUGCAGAUGCUGGUUUACACCGAAGAUGGACACAAAAUGCUGCAGCAACUCAGCGGGACAAGCAGCAUCUCUGGAGAGAAGGAAUGGGUGACGUUUCAGGUUGUGACCUUUCUUUGGACUGAGAGUCAGGGGAGAGGGUGACUAGAGAUAUGGAAGGAAAUUUUUCUAUGUUUCUAUAUACAGGACGAUCAGCCAUGACUACAAUGAAUGGCGGUGCUGGCUCGAAGGGCCGAAUGGCCUCCUGCACCUAUUUUCUAUGAAAAGUUGUAAACAACAGGUGUAAACAAGCAGAAGUUGAUCAAGGAAAUGUGGAAUAGUUCAGUUAGCUGAGGUGAAGGUGACAAAUAGGUAAAAGGAAUAGGCGACGUUUCGGGUGGAGUCCGAAGAAGGGUCUCCACCCGAAAGUCACCUAUUCUUUUGCCUAUUUUAGUCACUAAAAGGUUAAAUUUAACUACACAGCAAUUUAGGCUGCUGAAUGCUUCUGGCGUUUUUCUUUUCGUUUGUACGUGAAGUAUCCAUGCAGCGUUUAUUGUUUUGGGUUUUGGAGACAUUUGUGCUUCUGCAGAAAUGGAAUGCGGACUGGCUUGCGGGAUUUAAUGGCCGUUUUGCUACCCACUCUGCACCGCGCGCAUGAAAGCACUCUAUCAGCCUUCCUGGGGGGUGUUGCGAGGCACCCUGGGGAUGAGGAAGUGGUGCGGAUUUUCGGGUGCGGAGCGUGGAUGGAGAGCGGGAAGAGGAAGGUCCGGGACUGACCCAGACCCAGUGCUCUAAGAUCUUUGCCCAGUACAGCGGUGUUUCCGGGGCUCGCAGCGACUCUCCGCCCAGACGGGAGCUGCUCCUCGGGCCUGGUGUCGGUUUAAACCGCAGCCCCGACGCUCAACUCCCUCCUGCCGUCGAGCUUCCGGAGCUUCAGUCAGGCCGGGAAGGCUGUGUGACCGAGAGUAAGUUCCCCGUUUUACCCUCCCGAUUGCUCACUGCUGCCUCCCGCAGCCAUGAACCCCUUUCACUGCUCCGACUGCGGGAAAAACUUCAAGAGAUCCAGCGACCUGCUGAAACACCAGCGGACGCACACCGGGGAGAGGCCGUUCACCUGCCCUCACUGCGGGAAGGGAUUCAUCGAUUCCUCCAACCUGCAGAGGCACCGGCGGAUCCACACCGGCGAGAGGCCGUUCAUCUGCACUCAGUGCGGGGAGGGAUUCACGCAGUCCACCCAUCUGCUGAUCCACCAGCGGGUCCACACCGGGGAGAAACCCUUUGUGUGCUCUGAGUGCGGCAAGGGCUUCAGCCAGGCCGUCCACCUGGUCACCCACCAGCGGAUGCACUCUGGGGAGAGGCCGUUCACCUGUUCCGAGUGCGGCAAGGGAUUCACCGAAUCGUCGACCUUGCUGAGGCACCAACGGAUCCACACCGGGGAAAGGCCCUUCACCUGCUCCGAGUGCGGGAAAGGCUUCAUCCGCUCAUCCAACUUGUUGACUCACCAACGCAUCCACACCGGGGAGAGGCCGUUCAGCUGCUCUGAGUGCGGGAAGGGGUUCAUCCGCUCCUCUAACCUGCAGCGGCACCAGCGGGUUCACACCGGCGAAAGGCCGUUCAUCUGCCCUCAGUGUGGGGAGGGGUUCACUCAGUCCACCCACCUGCUGAUCCACCAGCGGGUCCACGCCAUUCAGAAACCCUUCGUCUGCUCCGAGUGCGGGAAGGGCUUCAUUCAGGCGGUGCACCUGAUCACUCACCAGCGCAUGCACUCUGGGGAGAGGCCGUUCGCCUGCCUGCAGUGCGGGAAGGGGUUCACCGAUUUGGCGACCUUGCUGAGGCACCAGCGCAUCCACACAGGGGUCAGGCCGUACAUCUGCCUGGAAUGCGGGAAGGGAUUCACCGAGUCGUCCACCCUGCUGAGACACCAGCGCAUCCACACUGGGGAGAGGCCCUUCAUCUGCUCCGAGUGUGGCAAAGGAUUCAUUCGCUCCUUCAACCUGGAGAUCCACCAGCGUAUCCACACCGGGGAGAGGCCGUUCACGUGCACCGACUGCGGGAAGGGAUUCACUCACGCAUCCAACCUCCUGAGACACCAGCGCAUAAGCUUAGGGGAGAAGCCCUUCAAGUGCGGAGACUGCGGGAAGGGCUUUGCCACCCAGUCGGAGCUGGAGAGUCACCGGAAAUGUCACACGGGCGUGCGGCCCUACGCCUGCGUGGUGUGCGGCAAGGGCUUCUCCCGCUCCUCCGACCUGCGGGUGCACCAGCGGGUCCACACUGGCGAGCGCCCCUUCACCUGCCCCGUGUGUGACAAGAGCUUCACCCGCUCCUCCCACCUGCUCACCCACCAGCGGGUCCACACGGGCGAGAGGCCCUACAGCUGUUCCGUCUGCGGCAAGGGCUUCACCCAGCUCUCCAACCGGCUGCGGCACCAGCGGCUCCACACCGGCGAGCGCCCCUUCUCCUGCCCCGUCUGCCGCAAGGGCUUCACCGACUCGUCCACCCUGCUGCGCCACCGGCGGCUCCACACCGAGGAGCGGCCCUUCGUCUGCUCGCUGUGCGGCAAGGGCUUCACCCGCUCGCCCCACCUGCUCACCCACCAGCGGGUCCACACCGGCGAGCGCCCCUUCGCCUGCUCCAUCUGCGGCCGCAAGUUCACCCAGUCGUCCCACCUGCUCACCCACCAGCACAGCCACAGCGGCGAGCGGCCCUUCCGCUGCUCCAUCUGCGGCCGCGGCUUCGCCCAGCUCUCGCUGCUCCUCGCCCACCAGCACGUCCACGCCGAGAACAACCCCGUCCACUACCCUGACGAGGAGGCGGAGGCGGCAGAGGAGGAGGGAGGGACGGUCGGCGGCGGAGGAGCAGGCGGCGAAGGAGGAGGAGCAGGCGGCGGAGGAGGAGGAGGAGGAGGAGGAGGGUCGUCGCUGGUGACGGGGUUGCCCGGGGUCGGCGCCAGCCCCGACACGGCCCCGGGCGAGAUGCUGGACCCCGGGCCGGCCUCGGCCUCGCUCCUGCUGACGGGCCGCCCCUCGCGGGCCGGCGAGAGGCCCUUCAAGUGCUCCGUGUGUGCCAAAGCCUUCACCUGCCUGUCCCACCUGCUGCGGCACCUGCGCGUACACAGCGGCGAGCGCCCCUUCCAGUGCACCGUCUGCGAGAAGGGCUUCACCCAGUCCUCCUCCCUGCUCACCCAUCAGCGCAUCCACACCGGCGAGAGGCCCUUCUCCUGCUCCGAGUGCGGCAAGGGCUUCUCCCGCUCCUCCCACCUGCUGCGGCACCAACGCGUCCACGUGUGAGGGGGGGGAGAGAGACGGGCGCUGGGGGAGAGGGGGAGGCGGAGAGAGAGAGAGAGAGAGCGGAGAGGAACUGGCCUGAUUCCUACUCCUGCUCGCUUCCCCCGUCACUCCCGCACCACAACACCCCUCUCUGCACCUCCCCCUCUCCUCUGCCCUCUCUCUUCCUCUCCCUUCCUUGCCCCCUCUCCUCCACCAUCACCCUCUCACUUCCCCCGCUCUCCCCCUCUGCACACGUUCCCUCAUCCCACUCCUCCCCCCGCACCCUUCCCCCCUGGGUUCUCCCUCUCUCCUCUGCGGCUCUGCCCUCUCCCAGCAUCCUCCCCCAUACCCGAGCUUCUCUCCCUCACCCGCCCUUCCUUCUCCCUACCCCCUCGCCCACCUGCGUCUUUCCAUCCCCUCUCUCACCUCGUGCUACGCCCACAGCGCCUCCCCUGUAUCUCCCGCCACGCUUCUUCCCCCGCCCGCAUCGCCCCCUCACUCCAGCGCCCUGAACUCUCUCACCAGCACCUCCACACAUGCCCUCCCCCUGAACCACUUCCCCUUUCCUCUGCAGCCUCUCUGAAUGAAUGAAUGAGUGAAUGGAUGAGUGAAUGAAUGAAUGUAUGUAUGAAUGAAUAAGUUUAUUGGCCAAGUAUUCGCAUACAAGGAAUCUGCUGGUCUGUUUGUGAUUUUUGAUCUUCUGUGCCCAACUCGAACGGAACUGGCUUGUCUUUGGAUUUGAAUCGGCUCACUCUUGCCCUGCCCUGCCCUUCUCCGAACCCUGCCCCUCUCCCCUCAUUCCUGAACCUUGCCCCUCACUUCUGCCUUUCCCAAACCCCUCGUCGCCUCCAUCCCUCCCAGCCCUGCUCUUCCCCCCACCCCCCCCCCCCCCUCACACUUGCCUGACCUCGAACUCUUUCCAUCGUUCCUGCCCUUCCCUGACCUCUCCAUCCCCUCCCCGCCUUCAUCUCCUUGGGUUCCUCUGCCUGCAAUCUAGAAGCCCACACCAUUGGAGGUGGGGGAGUUGAGGGGUCUGUAGCUGCCAACCGUCUCCGGGACCCCCGUGUUGGAUCCCGCUCACGGUCGCUGCCGGCGUGGAGUCUGCAUGUCCUCCCCGUGACACCGCCAUUGGGUCUCCCAUAGGCGGGCGAGAGGCGUUGGGUCAAAUGGCUGCAGUGAACUCCCCCCCCCGGCCUUCAAGCUGAGGGGUAGAGUCGAGUCGAUGGGAACUUGUGGGGAGGGGGUGACAAAGAUCGGUGUAGAAUUAGAGUAGAAUGGGUGGUUGAUGGUCGGCACAGGGUCGAUGGGCCGAAGGGCCUGUUUCUGUGCUGUAUCAUCCUUUUUAAAAAAAUAGACCCAACGUGCUGGAGUAAUUCAGUGGGUCAGGCAGCAUCUCUGGAGAACAUGGAUAGGUCUCACAUCCCUUAUUGCUACCCCAUUCAGUCCCUUCUUCCUAUCCCUUCCCCCCCCCCCCCCAAUCUCCCUCGCCCCACUCACCAAUUCUCUGGUCUCUGACGUCUCCCUUCUUUCCUCCUCACACCCUUUCCUCUUUCCUCUUUUCCCCCCAUUUCAACCUUCCUCACUUGCCCUCAACUCUGCCUUCCUGCCACUGCCACACCUAUUCCCCCACCCCCCCCC